AGUUUGGUCAAGGCCGAGUUCCGGCACGACCCACCGGUCACCUCAAAUUUCCUAGGGUUUCCUUCCUCCCUUUAUACCAUCCAUUCGCCUUCCCCUGAAAAAAAAAAGAAAUCCCUUCGCCUCCUUCCCCUCCGCCUCGGCCACAGCCUCGACCUCGCCGCCGCCGCCGCCGCACCAUCUUCGACUUUGUAUAGGAACCAGAUCUAUCUAUACGAGUAAUAAUCCAGGAAAGGGAAAAGGAACGAGGAUGGCAGAGCAGUAUACGCCGCACCUUUACCUUUUGUUCGAUGACUGGCACUCUGGAUUCUCCAUCCGCAAGGUGAGCUUGUCGCGCAGAUCAGGCAAACAGCCCUUAUCGUCUGCCUCAGGCAAAGAAGGCGUUGUGCCCGUGCCUGAAGUUUUCAUGCACAUCCGGGCGCCGCGUGGGUUUCCCGACUUGUUCACGUCAGCCUUUGGCACUAAGAUCAUGGCGAUGCAUACCAAAAUGGCUGAUGAUACAGCGGGCAUCCCAAUGAUCGACGUCCAGGAACAGACCAUAACCUUUGGACCUCAGCCCUGCACCUAUCAUUGUUUUCCAAUCUGCUUCCCCAUCGGUGCCAAUAGGCUAUUCGUUCUGGAUACGGGCACAUUUGAUCGCUACCUCUGGACGCCGGAACAUAGUGAAGAACCAUGGGGGUCGCAGGCCCUCCCUCCUCCGCCAUUCAACACGGCCAAUGUCUCCUCCUAUGGCGUGCUACCUGAUGGAUGCAUCCUCGUCAGUACUACUAAGAGCUUUGGUGGCGCACGCACCUUCAUCUUCGUCACCACCAAGGAGGAGCAUGUGUGGAAACCAUGCUGUAAUUGGGUGUUGCCCUUCACUGGCCGUGGACACUAUGUCCUCUCCCUGGGCGGUUUUGUCGGUCUCUCCAAAGAUGGGUACCUCUACUGCAGCACCAUGGCUGCCACCACCACCGGCACUUCCCCUGAUGUCAAGCGCACCAAGGAGAAGGUGUACACUGAGAGGCAGCAUGUAAGUGCCACCCUUGUGCACAUGGGCCAGGGGAAAUUCGGCCUUGUGGAGUGUGUAUCUAUUGAUAACAGAAUUACUGGUCAGGACCUCAGGGAGUCAUGUGCUGAGUUCAAUGAGCCGCUGGGGGAUGAUGUGGAUGAUAUGUCAGAUUUUGUGGGAGGUGGGCCCCAAGGCGGCCGCUGUAUGUAUCAUCUUAGGACCUUCAACCUCAGUUAUGACCCGAAAGGAGACUGUUUGAAGCUUAAAAGCUGCAAGGGUCAGAGUUGUUGGUACAGCCUGCCUCAUGAAGCAAGAAUCGGUUCCGUCUGUAUGGAUCCAGUGGCAUUUUGGCUGUGAAAUGCUAGAGUCAUGAGAAGAGUUCUUAUGUUUUCAUUCAGGUGUGACUUCUGCUUCUAUGUCUUAGUGGAUUGACUACCAAAUCAAAUUUGAUGGAUCACUGAA